CACAGCAGACGCGGCCCAGACGUGGCCCAGCCUCGGGUCUCUCGAGGUCUUCCGUCCUUGCACCUCGCCCUGCUGGGGAUUCACAUCCCGCUCUGACUCAGCUAUGAGUCGCCUCGGUCUCUCCCACCCGGCUGGGUGCUCCAGGCUCCUUGCAAAGCAACGCAGUCGUUCCAGCCAGGAAGAGAGUCUCCCAGCCUGCACGCCCCAGGGUCUGAGCAAUGCGAGUGCCCGGAGGGCAAGGGAAGCGGGGACCUUAAUCACCUGGGCUCUUCCCGGUGCGCCUGGGGACGCCGAGCGAGCUGGAGGCGGCCUCUGACGGAGGCGUGAUGGGAGGUCGCAGGAGAGGCCGGGGGUGGGUGGUGAUCCCGCGUUCCAGGGCUCGCUCCCCGCCCUCCUGUCUCAGGGCUGCCUUUGGCCACCACAGGCCCUUAAAAGCUGCAGGCUGCGCCUCCUCCUCCCCGAGGGAGCAAGACCCAGCAGGCCGAGCUGGGCGUGCCCUCGCCUGUCCGCCGCGCCGCCCGGGCCUCGCAGUGUCGCUGGGGCCCAGACAGUGCACCCGCCCGCGUCCCGCCGGGCUCCGCCUGGGUGGCCUCUGCCCAGGUCUCAGGGGAGCAGCUGUUCACGUGCGCGGCCGCCAGGCUGGACGGACAGGAGGGUCUCCUAGUGUGUCCUCCUCCGUCUGACUGGGUCUGCCUCUUACGCAGCAGACACUGCCUGGGUCAAAAUGCUCUCCUCCAGUGACUUCACACCUGCAUCCUGGGAGCUCGUGGUCCGAGUUGACCACCCAAACUCAGAGGAGCAGCGGGACAUCACGCUAAGGGUGUCUGGGGACCUGCAUGUGGGAGGCGUGAUGCUCAAGCUGGUGGAGGAGAUCAACAUUGCCCAAGACUGGUCAGAUUUCGCUCUGUGGUGGGAGCAGAAGCAUUGCUGGCUUCUGAAAACCCACUGGACCCUGGACAAAUGUGGGGUGCAGGCCGAUGCCAGGCUUCUCUUCACCCCUCAGCACAAGAUGCUGCGCCUCCGCCUGCCCAACCUGAAGACGGUGCGGAUGCGCAUCAGCUUCUCAGCCGUGGUGUUCAGAGCCAUCAGCGACAUCUGCAGAGCCCUGAAUAUUAGAAGAUCAGAAGAACUUUCCUUGUUAAAGCCUUCUGGUGACUAUAUUAAGAAGAAAAAGAAGAAAGACAAAAACAAUAAGGAGCCUGUGAUUGAAGAUAUUCUGAACCUGGAGAGUUCUCCAACAAGUUCGGGUUCACCAGGAAGUGCUGGCUUAUACAGCAAGACCAUGACUCCCACCUAUGACCCCAUCAACGGGAUGCCCGUGUCGUCCACCGUGACGUGGUUUGGUGACAGUCCCUUGGCAGGACAAAGCUGCAGCAUCCUCGCCUUCAGCCAGCCCCCCCAGUCCCCAGAAGCACUGGCUGAUAUGUUCCAGCCCCGGUCCCUGGUGGAAAAAGCCAAGCUUAACACAGGUUGGCUGGACUCCUCGCGCUCCCUCAUGGAACAAGGCAUCCAGGAGGAUGAGCAGCUGCUGUUACGAUUUAAAUACUACAGUUUCUUUGACUUGAAUCCUAAAUAUGAUGCUGUCAGAAUAAACCAGCUCUACGAACAAGCCAGGUGGGCUAUUCUCUUAGAAGAAAUCGACUGCACGGAGGAAGAAAUGCUGAUCUUUGCGGCACUCCAGUAUCACAUCAGCAAGCUGUCACUGUCCACUGAAUCUCAGGAUUUUACAAACGAGUCUGAGGUUGACGAAGUUGAAGCUGCACUUUCUAACUUAGAAGUGACCCUCGAAGGUAGAAAAUCAAACAGCACUCUGGAGGACAUUACUGAUAUCCCUAAACUUACAGAUAAUCUCAAAUUAUUUAGGCCCAAGAAGCUAGUAUUAAAAGGUUUCAAACAAUAUUGGUUCGUCUUUAAAGACACAUCUAUAGCCUACUUUAAAAAUAAGGAUCUUGAACAAGGGGAACCGGUAGAAAAACUAAACCUCAGAGGCUGUGAAGUUGUACCAGAUGUGAAUGUAGCAGGGAGAAAAUUUGGAAUCAAGUUACUAAUCCCUAUUGCUGAUGGUAUGAACGAAGUGUAUUUGAGAUGUGACCAUGAGAACCAGUAUGCCCGGUGGAUGGCUGCCUGCAUCUUGGCAUCAAAGGGCAAAACCAUGGCAGACAGCUCCUACCAGCCUGAGGUCCUCAACAUCCUUUCAUUUCUGAGGAUGAAAAACCGGAACUCGUCAUCUGAGGUGGCUUCCAGUCUUGAAAGCAUGGACAUGAACCCAGAGUGUUUCGUGUCUCCUCGGUGUGCAAAAAAGCACAAGUCUAAACAGCUGGCAGCCCGGGUCCUGGAAGCCCACCAGAACGUUGCCCAGAUGUCCCUUAUCGAAGCCAAGCUGCGGUUCAUUCAGGCCUGGCAAUCCCUACCAGAGUUUGGCCUCACCUACUACCUUGUCAGGUUUAAAGGAGCCAAGAAAGAUGACAUUCUGGGAGUUUCAUAUAAUAGGUUGAUCAGAAUUGAUGCAGCCACUGGGAUUCCAAUUACAACAUGGAGAUUCACUAAUAUGAAGCAGUGGAAUGUCAACUGGGAAAUCCGGCAGGUGGCGAUCGAGUUUGACCAAAACGUCUCCAUUGCGUUCACCUGCCUGAGCGCGGAUUGCAAGGUCGUGCACGAGUACAUCGGUGGCUACAUUUUCCUGUCCACCCGCUCUAAGGACCAGAAUGAAACGCUCGACGAGGACCUCUUUCACAAACUGACUGGUGGUCAGGACUGAGAGGAGGCGCACCCUCCCUGGGCAAACGGGAUUCGUGGAGCGUGUAGACCUGCCCAGUGUGUGGUUGGACUAAUGGACAACAGAUCCACUACAGGACUCCCGAAUCCUCACCUCAUUUCAGCACACUCCAGCACACCUCUGUGCUGACCUCGCCCUGUGCUAGCACCUCGCAGGGGUCUCAGUUGUCUGCUUUGUACAAUGGGUGGGUGAGAAGAGGUGGUGCUGUCAGGCUGCUCCAAGGCCUAGUGUGGAGCUACAGUGAUGGCGCAUUCGCUGGGGGCUGACCUUGUGUUCACCCGCCUCACUGCCAAGUCAGUGCCAAAGAGGAGGGAAAAGUCACGUGUCAGAAGUACAAAUCUAGUCCACAAACUCAGGUAUGAAGAGAAAUAGGUCUUUCCUUACUGAAGUAGGUGUUAGCCCCGUCCUGUCUAUACACACUUUCUCCUUGGAGAUAGAGGAGUUGGGGUGGGUGGGUAUUGGUACCAGUUGGCACCAGAGGUCAGAGUGACGAUCUUCAGCAUCAUCCUUUAUUACAGUGACACCUGCCAAGGUGACCACUGACCCACAUGGUCUUGGGUGCCCCUCUCCUGUUUCUGCUGUCACCCAGAGCCCCCGUUCCACUCCUAGGGAUCCCACUGAUACUUUCAAGUCCUUCUUGAAGGCAUGAGUGACAACAGGGGCAAGGAAAGUCAUUGUUCAACCCAGAUCCACAUCUCAACUGCUGUUGCUCUGGAUGGAGGCCCCGGGAGUCAGGCACAGUUCUUUGUUCAUAAAAACCACCUCCCAGCAGUUCCCAAGGAGUCCAGUCAGGGCUCCAUCCAGCUGGUGGAGGAGCAAGGCUAUCCUCAGAGACAACCAUGUUCAUGGUCUUCGAGGUAGGGAAAGACUCCUGGGCCCCCAUGUCCUCCUGGACUUGCUGUGAUGCCCAGCCUUUUCCCUCAAGGCCUUUGGCUUUUAUAAAACACAAGCCAGUACCAGACCCUUUCCUUCUCUGCUUCCUGCUGUGUCAUCCCACCUUAAGUCUUCAGCAUGAGCCAGUUAGCAACCUCCUGAAUCGUCACAUUCCAUUUUGGUUUGUUAGUGGUGGGAGGAGUGAGUGAGUUUGGAGAAGGUGAGAAGCAGGACUAGAAAUAUCAGAUAUUUUAUUUCUUUAUAAAAUAUUCUGCUGCCACCCAAAGAACCUGAGUUGGAAGGAUAAGCCAAGGGCUCCAAUUCCAUUUCCAGUUCUCUUCUGUUGCACCCCUCAGGGGCCGGGCCAGGGCCCUGAUGCCCACCAGGCCCAGCUGUUGCCUUAUUUCCCAUAAAGCUACCUGAAAAGCAGGAUCUCAGCGAGUCCAGGAGCUGCACGGACUUAGCCUUCGGGGGACCCGUGACCUCGGGCCAGAAGCUGCCCUCUGGGAAUUCUCUGCUUAGACAGGACUAUUCCUGAAGUUCACAGGCACCAGCUAAAUUACUGAGACCUGGCUCAAAGCUCAGACAUGGUUUUAGGUGUGGAAAAUUUGUUUCCCAUCAUAUAAAAUCCUGUGCUAGGCAUACUGUGCUGGACUUGGUGUUGGUCAUUUCUCUGUAGCCCAGGGCUGUAUUAGUUUGAACCUAGACAGGUCUUGAAGAUCAUAAUGGACUCCAUAAAACAGCCAAGGAGAGCAACAGCUGAUGUCCCACACCAGGCCAAGUCCACUCCCCUCCCUUAGCUUUUCAUGGUGGGCUGAUCUUGCCAGGGAAACACUCCCCGGAAUUGACUGGUUUUCACUAAGCUUUCUGUUGGUUACCACUUUCAAGAGAGCGUUUCUUCUGUAAUUACACAGAAACAUUGCAAAGGAAUAAAUAAGUGGGGCAAAAUGACCUUAAUCAUGCUGUUCCAAAGAACAAAUCCAAAUUUUCCUCCUACACUGGGUACAAAAGGUCAUCUGACUUCCUAUGGUGAAAUUUUAAAUUAAUGUGUGCCUUUCAACACUGUUUGCUGUCUUAUCUACCCCAGAUGCUGCGAUCUGCAUUUUUUUAUUUUACAUGACUUUUUGAAUUAAAAGGUUUAUAUGGAUGUGAA